AUGGUUGGCAAGAACAAUGAACUGUAUGCGUUCUACGCAUUUCUGCAGUUAUAUAAGCAUAUGGGGCAUGUGCAGAGGGAUUACAGUCUGAGACAGGUAGCCGAAGCGUUGUAUGAUACCACACUGAUAAUCAAAGAGGAUACUUCACUCUUUAUAACUUGGAAGAGGCUUGAUAGUCAAAAGACAUCUAUUGAUAGUGAUGACGACGAUGGCUAUGCUCUAAGGGGUUGCAUUGGUACUUUUGCAAAAUUGCCUAUUGAAGCUGGUAUUCAGAGGUAUUCUUUAAUUGCUGCACUCGAAGAUAGCAGAUUCACUCCAAUUUCUGAAAGAGAACUGAAAACACUUAAGUGUAGCUGCAACAUAUUAAGGCAUUUCGAGAAAAUCUAUUCGAGCGGGGACGACCACGGGGACAUCGACAAUUGGGAAAUAGGAAAAAAUGGUAUCGAAUUACUGUUUAAGCAUCCAAAGUCAGGAAAAACUUGUAGUGCUACUUUUUUACCUGAUGUAAUGGUAGAACAAGGUUGGGAUAAAAAGGAAACGUUCUUGAAUUUAAUUCAGAAAGCUGGUUGUUGGAAUGAAGCAGGGCAAAUAUUAAACGAUUACGAAAAAUAUUUUUUGGAAGUAAUUAAAUAUGAAGGUAAGAAAAGUGAAAUCACGUAUGAUGCUUUUAUCAGUGGUUUUGAGAAGUUAGAGACUUUGGUUUAA